GCCUGUUGUGACCUUGAUUCCCAUCUUUAUACACUGUUCUCGUACUUUGCUGCUUGCCUAUCUCGACCAUCCUUGUGCGACGAGGUAGACGCAGCAGAUCCAGAACACCGUCAACGACCGCGUGAAUGGAGAGUUAUUUCGAAGACGACAGUCCUCUUGCAGCGCUGCUCGAAGGAAAUGGCACCGCCGACGACUCGUUCAACUACCUCAACCAAGAUCCCUCGCCUACUCCUCCCUACACACCGACUGUCGCGCCGAAGAAGGCCUCGCUCAAGCGCUUUACACAGCCCCUAAACCUCCGACUCCCUGCUCAAGGCACCUUUUCCAAGCUUCACCAUGCUUGGUCGCGUGCUGUCAACUCUCGCAUUGGCCGGGCUGAGAACACCCGCUUCCUCGAACACUUCCGUUACCUGAUCGUCGCGUCGCAACUCCUAAACGAGUACCCUGAUCUCGGAUCUUUACACACUACUCAGAUCAACGGAACCCCCUUCGACUCCACCGAGUCUGGUCCGAAUGCUUCAUUGAACAUCUCAGGUGUUGCUGCCACUGCUGGUGUCGCUUUUGUUCUCGUUCUUGUACUCAACUGGCUACGUGGAUCUCGCUUGAGUAAAAGCCGUGUCUUGUUAGCACUGGCGUGCGCUGCUGUCGCCGCUGUUCUCUUCUACGCAUACAUCCGUCGACAAUGGCUGCAGUACCUUAGACACCAAGCUGUAGACACCGUCUCCUCGUUGACCACAAACGCUCGUGGCUUCGACAUCACCACUUCUGCUGCCUUGUCUCUGAUCCAGGAGGUUGAACUCGUCUCCAAGGGAUACAGAUUGAGCACGCCGUUACCUCCGAUUUCUCGUUUCGAUGAUGUUAAGGUCAACAGGAAAUGUGCCAAGCUAAGGAGCGCUCUCAACAAAGCAUACACCGAAGCCUUGCCAGCAUUCAGGGAAGCAACAAUAUCUCUUAAGCUGUUACUCAACCAGGAUGACAUGGAAAAAUAUCUGGACGUCUACGAUAUCCCUCACCACGCCGUUCAAGAGGCCGUUACCCCCGAGCUCGCUUCUUUGGACAAGGACGAUCCGGAGUCUCUCAGAAGUCUUCGCGUUGUGAGCUACCAAUACAGUACUCUGAGAAGAGUUGUCUGUUGCUCUCUCAUGUCUCUGGAAGCAGAUGGUGGCAAUCCUGAUUUCGCUCGCUGGUCGGCCGCAACAAGGAUCAUGAACUCACUGAGCACUACCACUGCAACCUGGGCCCAGAAACUGAGCGACCUUCUCCGCGAGGUCGAAGAAUUUACAAUCCCCAGAGAGGCAAGACUCUCCUCCAGACCCGCCGGCGAACGUCUGCGUACUCAGGUUCGCAAGAUCACCGACCUCUCUCAGGGCAUCAGAUCACUGCAGGCAAAGAUGGCCUUGAUGAGAGAAGAAUCUACAAAGGCCAUCGAAGAUUCCGACGACCUGACUGACCUCGGCCCGAAUUUGAUGUCGCAGUACGAGUCGAUUGGCGCCGAUCUCAAGAUGUUGACGCAAGCUUGGGAGAAUGGCAAGGCUUCCCUUGCAAGCAACCUCGACAAGCAGGAACGUCGCAUCUCGCAAGCAUCGAGUGGCCUUCGUUCGCCUGCCGCAAGCCUCGGCGGUCUGACCGCUGUCGAAGAAGGUGGACCUGCUGAUGCUUUGCGUGCACUGAAUGGCGAGUCCAAGUCCAACAGGUCCAGUCUCGCAGGAUCGGGAUCAGACGAGGAAGUGUUCGAAGGUGUGUCUUUGGUCAUACCCCGCCAGCGCAGCUCCUUGACAAGAGAGGAGCGCAUCAUCAAGAUGCAUGAAGAGCGGGCACGUCAAUCUGAGAUGCGUGACAAGCGCGACUCGGGCACCAACAUGAUCCGCGAGCUUCAAUCUGUCAUGAACCUGCGACCAAAGCGUAACACCAUAGGUGGCGGCGCACGCAUCACCUCGAUAUGAACACCAUCCAACUGUCACCUGGACACACACACUCUUUACCAAACCUACGAACCAUCUUCAUGAAAAUACGACAAUCUCUCCGCCACCAAAGCAUUUCUCUUCAACAACAGUUCGGCAAUGAAUAUCCAUCCGACUGGCAUCUUUACAGUUCACAAACCCUUUUCUCUCUUCCUCAUGCAUCCCCUUAGCACGGAUCCACCAAAAGAUACCCUUUAUCCUAUUCUGUUACCUUCUUGUCUAUAUUAUCUCUUACCAAAGCGUCGUUUUCGACACUCAUAUCAGGGCGGCAAUUGUUCAUACCACGCAUUGCGAUAUUGUUUCUAGUUGAAUCGAAUUUUGGAGUUCAUCAUGUUAUGUAGCUAGCUAUUUGAAUGAACCAAGAUCAUCUCUCAUUCUC